ACAGUGCUGUUAUAAAUGUCUGGGUUCUGAUUGGCUCGAACAUCCAGGAGGCGGGCUUAUUGUGGUUGUAAAUAAGAUAAGCAUUAAGUCUGAGGGUUACUCACACAAACACACACACAGACACACUGCACCUGCACAACACUGACAAGAUGCCAGGACCGAGGCCUGUGGUUCUGAGUGGCCCAUCAGGAGCAGGGAAAAGCACUCUACUCAAGAGGCUGAUGCUGGAAUAUGAGGGAGUGUUUGGAUUCAGUGUCUCCCAUACAACCAGGAAUCCUCGUCCUGGAGAAGAGAACGGAAGAGGACUGAAUUGUCUCCCAAUGCUUCUGGGGGCGACGUUACUGCCUGUAGCAGGCGUCCUGUCCUCUUUAUCGUCUCAAGAUUACCACUUCACCACCCGGGAGAAGAUGCAGGAGGGCAUUGAUAAUGGAGAUUUUAUCGAGAAUGCAGAUUUUUUAGGAAAUAUGUAUGGAACCAGUAAAUCAGCCAUAGAGGAUGUUCAGGCCCAGAACCUGAUUUGCAUUCUGGACGUCGAUCUUCAAGGAGUCAAAAACAUCAAGCAGACUGACUUAAACCCCAUCUAUAUCUCUAUCCAGCCUCCGUCCAUGGAGAUCCUAGAGCAACGUCUCAGAGACAGGCAGACCGAGACAGAAGAAAGUCUACAGAAACGUUUAGAAGCAGCCCGUAUCGACAUGGAGCUCAGUAAGGAACGAGACAUCUUCGACAUUGUAAUCAUUAAUGACGAACUGGACAAAUCCUAUGAGAAGCUUAAAAGUGCUCUUAUGGAGGAAAUUCAAAAGGUCCAGGAUGCUAAAAAGUAAGAGAAUAAAAAACCAACCAUCUUAUUCACUUGGGAACAGACAUGGAGACUUUCCUUCCAGGCUUCGAAGCAACUUGUGUCUAUUCACAUUCAGUUUAUGAGAGAAACAAUCAACAUGGCAUUAUUAAUAACUAUAACAAAAUAUCUUUUUUAUAUAAUGAGUUAUACUGCAGCCUACCAUGCUGACACUGCAGCUGACAAAUCAUCAUUGUGAAAGAUCAGUGUGAAACCACAGUCUCAAGCAUAUGUGGUUAUUAGAUUAGCAUUUUAUUAUUGUUUGUGUAAAUUAACAGACUAAAAAAAGGUUGGGUAAAGACAAUUAUAAUAAACUAGAUAGAACAAAUGUUGGAGUGUUUAUCUGAAUAAAUGUGUGUAGAUAGAUAGAUAGAUAGAUAGAUAGAUAGAUAGAUAGAUAGAUAGAUAGAUAGAUAGAUAGAUAGAUAGAUAGAUAGAUAGAUAGAUAGAUAGAUAGCUUUGACCCCAGC